GGGUCCUCGGCGGGCCCGGGGGAGGGCCCUCUUUGUGGCUGCAGUUGGCAAGAUGGCGCCGGUGGGGGUGGAGAAGAAGCUGCUGCUGGGCCCCAACGGGCCCGCGGUGGCGGCCGCCGGCGACCUGACCAGUGAAGAGGAGGAGGGCCAGAGUCUAUGGUCCUCGAUCCUGAGCGAGGUGUCCACCCGCGCCAGAUCCAAGCUACCGUCCGGCAAGAACAUUCUGGUCUUCGGUGAAGAUGGUUCUGGUAAAACAACCCUCAUGACGAAACUUCAAGGAGCUGAGCAUGGCAAAAAAGGAAGAGGCCUAGAGUAUCUCUACCUCAGCGUCCAUGAUGAGGACCGAGAUGAUCACACACGCUGCAAUGUGUGGAUUCUGGAUGGAGAUCUAUACCACAAAGGCCUGCUGAAAUUUGCAGUUUCUGCUGAAUCCUUGCCGGAGACCUUGGUCAUCUUUGUUGCAGAUAUGUCUAGGCCUUGGACUGUGAUGGAAUCACUACAGAAAUGGGCUAGUGUUUUACGUGAGCACAUUGAUAAAAUGAAAAUUCCACCAGAAGAAAUGAGGGAGCUGGAACGGAAGUUUGUGAAAGAUUUUCAAGACUAUGUCGAGCCUGAGGAAGGUUGUCAAGGUUCCCCACAAAGAAGAGGGCCUCUGACCUCAGGUCCUGAUGAAGAAAAUGUUGCCCUGCCUCUCGGUGACAACAUGCUGACUCAUAACCUCGGGAUCCCAGUGCUGGUGGUGUGCGCAAAGUGUGAUGCAGUGAGUGUCCUGGAGAAGGAGCAUGAUUACAGGGACGAGCACUUUGACUUCAUCCAGUCACACCUACGGAGGUUCUGCCUUCAGUAUGGAGCGGCUUUGAUAUACACAUCAGUGAAGGAAGAGAAGAACCUCGACUUGUUGUAUAAGUACAUUGUUCAUAAAACAUACGGUUUCCACUUUACCACGCCUGCCUUAGUUGUGGAAAAGGAAGCAGUUUUUAUACCCGCAGGCUGGGACAAUGAAAAGAAAAUAGCUAUUUUACAUGAAAAUUUCACAACUGUUAAGCCAGAAGAUGCAUAUGAAGACUUUAUUGUGAAACCUCCUGUGAGAAAGCUGGUCCACGACAAAGAGUUGGCAGCGGAGGAUGAGCAGGUGUUUCUAAUGAAGCAACAGUCACUCCUUGCCAAGCAGCCAGCCACGCCCACUAGAGCCUCCGAAUCCCCUGCAAGAGGACCCUCCGGCUCUCCGAGAACCCAGGGCCGGGGAGGGCCAGCCAGCGUGCCCAGCGCCUCCCCAGGCACGUCAGUAAAGAAGCCGGACCCGAACAUCAAAAAUAAUGCAGCAAGUGAAGGGGUGUUGGCCAGCUUCUUCAAUAGUCUAUUGAGUAAAAAAACAGGCUCUCCUGGAAGUCCUGGUGCUGGUGGGGUGCAGAGCACAUCCAAGAAGUCAGGACAAAAGACUGUGUUGACAAAUGUUCAGGAAGAACUGGAUAGAAUGACUCGAAAGCCAGACUCCAUGGUAACAAACUCUUCAACAGAAAAUGAAGCCUGAUCCUCCUUAAAAAGUGCAUAUGUAAAAUGACCAAAUAACUAUGUAUAUUGAUCUUCUCUAAGACCAGGAUUUUUCUGAUAUGGCACAUGCUAUCAGUUUUUGGGGGCAGGGGAGAUGAACUUAAAAAAAAAAAACUUGAGUGGCUGUCCGAGUGUGAAAUGCACCUUUAGGAAGGCUGUGUGUCAGACCCCUUUGUGAUGGAUAACCCUUGGACUCUCAGGCGUGUGGCUCUCUUGUGGGCAGCAAGUGCAGCUGGGCCUCUUGUGGAAGGGAAGAUAGAUGGAGAGAAAGAGGGCCCACUUUCUUUUAGGGUGGAGCCAAUGAGACCAGGAAGUCAUUGAUCAGAUGGUGGCUAGUCCAACCAAUUGCAUGUUAACAGAUUCACUUCUUCAUGGGAAGCAGAUUAAGUAGCAGAAAGUCCAGGGAAGAGAAAGACUGGAAGGAAGAAUGAGAAAAGUGUUGGGGAAGCUGAACGUUGCAGGAGGCGGAGGAGGAGAUGAGCAAUGUUAGUAAAUACCGUGUGUUCAGUAGAAGUCAAAUCAUUUUUAAAACUUAAAAAUCAGAAGCAUUUCCAAACUAAACACUAAGCAGAGUAGGAAUUGGACUUGUUCUGAAUGCAUCUUUACCUUACGGAAGAUGUGUUGGUGUGGGGAUGCCUGAGUCAGGUAGAGCUGAUGUGGGGGUGGGGAAGAUGCAGCUGCCCAGGGCUCAUGUGUGUGGCUCAGGCCAUGUCCUCGUGGGAGGUGUUGGGCUCCACACAUGUGCAUCGUGGGGCAGUCAGUCACUGUGGGGCGUGUUUAAAGUCAGCAGUUACAACAUUAGUUUACCUUGAAUUGUGUGUUCUGAAUAGCUUCUGCUUUGUCAUUUUUUAUUUUAUUUUUUUUACUAUCACAGGCUGGCCUAUUAGUAGAGAAUGGGUGACCAACCUCUCAUUUUACCAUAAUGCAGUGUGCUACAGAAAGUAUGAGGGAGGUUUUAAUGUAAUUGCACUCUUGAUUAAUUAGCUCACACUGUCCCUGCCUUAAGGUCAUUGGAAACUUUCAUGGAGUUCCAGUGAUGCAAAAGGGUUUUGUCCUAGCUCCCUGGUCUGAUCAGUGCUAUUAGAUAAACAAAUGAGUAUGAAUGUUUUGUACUGAGGAUGGAAAUGAUGCAUUUCUCUUGUUUUAUGUCUUUCAUAAACUAGCAUUUUUUUUUCUUAUGGAAAUAAGUGUUUCAGGUGUUUCCAUUUAGGGCAGAUUCAUGCACAUUGUCGUCUCACAUCACCCUGGAAGUGACUUCUGUGGAUUUAAAACAGCACUUUUAAUUUUAUACAUGACACAGAACGUUGAAAUGCAAACACUACCAUUAAUUUAAUGUAUAAAACCUUUGUUGUCAAACCAAGGGAAAACCACAGUUCACUUCUGUGGAGUUUACUUUUUUUAUAUGAAUGUUUGUUGUACUGUUUCUGAGCAUAACUUCCCUAAUAUCAUUACUUUUACAUACCAGAUUUGACUGACCACUAACUGUACUGGGUAUAACUUAAUAUCCUGUGUUAUAUAAUAAGACUCUAAGACUGUCUUGAAUUGCUUUUUUGUAAAGGUCUGAACACUGUUAAGGAGAAAGCUGAGUAUUUACUUACCUUUCUGACAAACAUAAAAAUAUGUUUCUCGUGCCAGUUUUAUUGUUGAAAAUACACUUUUACCCCCCUUUUUUAAUUGUUUUUUUUUUUUUUUUUAAAUGUAUUGUGGCUUCCAGUUACCAGAUUGUCCAGGUGAUGACAGUAAACUGACUUGGAAUGAUAGUUGUGGUAUAAUGACCAAUAGAUGCCAAACAGCUUGCGGCCACACGAAUGAUGGGGUCACUUUAUCCCUCUCUAGCAUCUGGCAGGGGCGGGCUGAGGCCACAAAAUAAGUGACCUCAGAAAAAUUAUUUGAAAGGCCACAUAUCCAGGAGGGAUACAGUGUGAUUUAAAAUUUUAAUGCAAGACUUUACUUUUAUCACUUAAACUGAUAAGCACUUUUUGUGUCAGUAUAAAAUGUACUAAAACCGAAGAAAUGCCAAGACACCUGUCUUGUGAAGGAGGAUUUCUUGGCAAUCACUUUUAGUUUCCUGGGACAAGUGGCUACUCCUAGGAUCAGAAGAAGCUGAUGUAUAGUGUCAUGUGCUCAGUGGUUGCCAAAGUCUACCAACUUUGGGGAGCUGCAGGGUUCUUCUUAGGGAGGGUGGGAGGAGGGGGCAUAUUUUUUGUUAUUUUGGGGGUCUUCAAGCAUUGGAACCAAAGGCCAAACAAUAAACAGCCUUUACUUUUUAAAGUAAAAUUCAUUUUAUUUGCAGAAUACACUUGUAUGGUAGACUGUUAAAGAUAAUUUUAUGACUAUUUAUAUACAUUGUAGUGGCUACAUCUGCUGCAGUUUGUCUUCAAAAUGGAAAAAUCAAAGAAACAAGCCCAACCUUAAAGAUAUGGCCAUGAUAAAGGCCAUGAAUUGGUCUUUCCUAAAAAUGCAACGGGUAUGCUGCUAGAAUUAUUUAAUUUCAUUUGCACUUUUUUUUUUUUUUUUGGAUUGGCAUUUUUAAACCAGUAUUUAAACUGAAGAUGUGUUUUAUUAGUUAAUUGAAAGUGACUGCUCUGUACAUCAUGACCUUAACAAUGUUGAUGCUGUAAGUGAAAGUUCACUGUUGUCUCUAUACUAAGUUUAUUGGUGUUUUUAACUUAAAAAUUAGGACUGCAGAUAUAUUCCCCAACCAGCCUUAGUCCAGGGGUGUGACUCUAUCUGGAUGCAGUAUGCAGUCAUGUGGAACCUUGCUUUCUAGUGCUGAAAAGAAGAUGUCUCUAAUUACUGGCUUCAAUAAACACGAAUCCAGACUGCUUACAA